AGUAAGAACAGAAGUGGAAAGCCUUACUUACCAGUUUAUUAUAUGUUUCAUGCCCAUGAUAAUUACUUUUAUAAUGCCACUCAUGAAUACAUUGAUCAGAUUAGGAUGAAUCACCUGGCUGGCCAAUAGCUAUUGGAAUGACUCUCCAUGCAUGACUUGGUUGUGUUAUUACAAAACGUGGAAGAAUAGACCUGCCUAGCUGUUGCGGCAGAUGUUCAUUUGUCAUGCUGUCUUAAGGAGAUGAAGAGAUGAGAGCAAACUGUUCCAGCAGCUCAGCCUGCCCUGCUAACAGUUCGGAGGAGGAGUUGCCCGUGGGACUGGAGGUACAUGGGAACCUGGAACUUGUUUUCACAGUGGUGACGGCUGUGAUGAUGGGCCUGCUCAUGUUCUCCUUGGGAUGCUCUGUGGAGUUCCGGAAGCUAUGGUUGCACAUCAGGAGACCCUGGGGCAUUGCUGUAGGAUUGCUCUGCCAGUUUGGCCUCAUGCCUCUUACGGCCUAUCUCCUGGCCAUCAGCUUCUCUCUGAAGCCAGCCCAAGCCGUUGCUGUUCUCGUCAUGGGGUGCUGCCCAGGGGGAACCAUCUCAAACAUUUUCACCUUCUGGGUCGAUGGAGAUAUGGAUCUCAGCAUCACUAUGACGACCUGUUCCACUGUGGCUGCCCUGGGAAUGAUGCCGCUCUGCCUGUAUCUCUACACCUUGUCCUGGAAUCUUGAGCAGAAUCUCACCAUUCCAUAUCAGAAUAUAGGAAUCACCCUUGUGUGCCUGACCAUCCCUGUGGCCUUUGGUGUCUAUGUGAAUUAUAGGUGGCCCAAGCAAUCCAAAAUCAUUCUCAAGAUUGGGGCCAUUGUUGGUGGGGUCCUCCUUUUGGUGGUCGCAGUUGCUGGUGUGGUGUUGGCAAAAGGAUCUUGGAAUUCAGACAUCACUCUUCUGACCAUCAGUUUCAUCUUCCCUUUGAUUGGCCAUGUCACGGGCUUUCUGCUGGCACUUCUUACCCACCAAUCUUGGCAGAGGUGCAGGACGAUUUCCUUAGAAACUGGAGCUCAGAAUAUUCAGAUGUGCGUCACCAUGCUCCAGUUAUCUUUCACUGCCAAGCAGUUGGUCCAGAUGCUUAGCUUCCCACUGGCCUAUGGACUCUUCCAGCUGUUGGAUGGAUUUCUCAUUGUUGCAGCAUACAAGAUGUACAAGAGGAGAUUGAAGAAUGAACACAGAAAAAAGAACACACGUUGUGAAGAAGGCUGCCAUAACAAGAAAUCCACUUCUCCCAAAGAGACUGGUGCUUUUUUGGAGGUGAAUGAGGAAGUCACCAUAACUUCUGGGCCAUCAAUGCCAAUGGAUCUCCAUACAACCCUUGAGCCAACUGGCCACAUCUCUUCUGGUACCUAGUAAGGGUUGCUGGCCUGACUGGUCUCCGUCUUCCUCAGUGGCCAGUAAAGACAGUGCAGAACUGAUGUUUGGAUCUCAUUGGCAGGGCCUAUGGGAAUAUUGGAUAUUUAUAUUUUCAUGUGGUUUGUGAACUGUCAUAGGAUCAAUUUUUGAGAAUGUAUUCUGCCUAUUUCCGGGAGUCUUUUGGGGGUUUGCACAAUAUAUUUACUAGCUGCGGCUGUGUGUUCUUGUCUUCCCACGUAGUGAAGAGUAACACUGUUAUGCAAAGUCAUCCUGGAUCUUAAUUUUCCUGAGACAUAGGACUCUGUAGAGGAGAUUCCACUGCCUGCUGCAGGGAAAGAACAGAGUCUGGACCCACUUGAUUUUUGGACAGGUUCUUUGGAGAACUGGAGAGGAAGCAUACAGUUCCCAUAAAAAAUGAGGCCAUUUCUCAAAUAAUAAUAAUUUUUUUUAGGGCUUGGAAAUCUUUUUUGGACUGUAGAUGCAAAAUAAGUUUAGAGGGAAUUUAACGACCAUUUGUGGUUAAAAUGUGAAUGCCCCAUAUUUUCAGUCCCUAAUGAUAGGCACAAUAUAUAAACACUUUUUGCUUAUAUAUCAUUUUAAGAAACAUUCCAUAGAUUGAGAUCAUUCCAUAUGUACUAUUUCAUAAAUCAAUGACGCAUUAUGGAGCAUCUUUACAUGUCAGUCAUUGUUGACCUACCUCAUUCUUUAGAACUGUGGCUUCAUAGAAGUGUUCCAUUGCAUGGAAGUACUGUAAUUUAUUUAACCAUUCCUUAUUUGUGGACAUUUAGAUAGCUUUCAACCCGCUGGUAUUCUAAUGCUGCUACGAACACCUGUACUGCUGUGCGAGCGUUUUUGGAGGAUUACUUCCUAUGACUUGAACAGCCAGGCCAGGUGCAUAUUAAGAUAUUGGUCAGACUGCUCUCUGGUGAUGUAAGAAGUGACUGAGUGGGCCUGGCUUUCCCAUGGUUGCACCAGUCUAAAGAAUGAUCAGUUCUGAUUUGUGAAAAUAUCUCAUUUACAAUUGCGUUUAAAAAAUGAUAAGCGAAUUAGAGUAUUUUCCAUGAUCACUUGCCUAUUCAGGUCCUUUGCCUGCCUUACUAUUAUAAUUUUUCCUUUUUGAUUGAUAACAUUGUAGCACAUCAUGGAUAGUGACACCUUGUCCUAUUAUGUCAACAUUUUGCCUACUUUUAAUCUUUUAGCUUUUGUUUUUCUAUGUCUUUUGCUGUAUGGAAGUUUUAUAUUUUUUUAUAUAUUUAGUUUAUUAGUCUAUUGAAAAAUGUUUUUUUGACCUUGAUAUCUGUCAAAUGUUCUAUUUUUGUGUGGAUUGUGAAUUAUGAUAGUAUUUCUUUUUGAGAAUGUAUUUAGCCCCUUUGCAAGGUGUUCUAUUUGGGGGUUUGUACCUGUAUUUACCAUCUGCUGUGUGUGCUGUCUGGGAGUAGGUAAAACCCUUCUUCCUCUAUUCUGACAUUAUUAAAAAUAUUUCCCAAAUAUUUUUCUAUUACUUGUAUGAGCUAAACAUGUUUAUUCCAUUUUGAAUUUACGUUUUUGUAUGGUGUGUUAAGAAUCUACAUUUUUUUUAUGACUAACUGCUCCAACAUCAUAUAUUGAACCAUUCAUCUUUUCUCCACUGAUUCGAAAUGCCACCUUUCUCACAUAAUUUCCUAUAUAAUGUGUGUUUGUUGGGGCUGUAUUUAGUUCCAUUUUUCUCUGUCUAUUCUUAUUUGUAAGGUUUGAAAUGUGUGAGAAAGUGUAUUGUCUGAGAUUUAGUGCUUGGCAAUUUUAUUUUGUAAGCAUUCCCCAGAGCCUGUAGGUUAAUAUAAUGAUAACGAUUAUUAAGGUAUUCUCAUGACAAUUAAGAACAUCUUUAAAAAAAUUUUUUUUAAACCUUUAUU